GGACCCUCCUGAACCUCAGCGUGAGUGACCAUGGCCGGUCGGAUUCCCUUCUUCUGUCCUGGGAUGAGCCAGAGGGGGGUGCCGAGGGAUAUUCGCUCACCCUCUCCUUCCUGGGGUCGGGCACGCUGCUGCAGAAUGGAUCUGCUGGACCCAACAUCACCAGCUUCUGGUUCCAUGGGCUGACCCCUGGCAUGAACUACGAGAUCGAGGUGACAGCCACGCUUGCCUGCAUGGAGACCACCAGCCAGACAGUCACCGCACAGACAAGUCCUUCACCCGUCCACAACCUGAGCCUGAGCAGCGGUGAGAGCUCUGCUGUGCUGCAUGCCUCCUGGGCGCACGCCCACGGGCAGCGAGAUGGCUACCACCUUGCCCUCUACCACAGCGACUCCCAGACGCUUGUGAGAAAUGCGUCAGUCCUGCCAAACGCCUCCACGUUCCUGUUUGACGGGUUGCUGGCUGGCAGCGAGUAUGCCUUGAAGGUCAGCACGCUGGCUGGAUCCAGCCAGGCAAGCACCAGUAUCCACCAAUGGACAGCUCCCUCCAUCCCCACCCAGCUGAGGCUCAGCCCGGGCUCCAGCACCAGCCUCGUCGCUUCCUGGGUGGGCGCUGGGGGGGCCGCCUGGCUGCACCUUGCGCUUCACAACCUCCUCACCCAGGCCGUGACCACGACCCUGUCAGCCAGGAGGGGCCUCACCAGCUACACCUUCCAGCAUCUCCAACCCGGCACCCAGUACUGGCUGGGGCUGAGCGCCACAGCAGGACCCUACACUGUGGGGGGGCCCAAUGCCACUGCUUGGACAUACCCACUGAACCCUGACAAUGUGACCCUGAGCAGCGCAGAGGAGCAGAGCUCCUUGCAGGCUUGCUGGAGCACCCCAGCAGGAGAGAGGGACUUCUACCUGGUGACGCUGCAGGAGGGAGAGGAUGGUGCUCUGACGAGGAACAUCUCCGUCGGUGGAGACAACAGUCAUGUCACCUUCCAUGGGCUGAGCCCCGGGAAGCAAUACUUUGUCCAGGUGACGGCGGUGGCUGGGCCUUACCAGGCAUCAGCCCACAGCACAGCAGCCUGGACACAGCCGCUAGCACCAUCUGGUGUGAGUCUGUCCAGCCAGGGGAGCCCCUACAGCCUGCUAGCCAGCUGGGAGGAGGCAAUGGGAGAGGGCUAUGUGCUGGCCUUCAGUCCCGUGGAGCACCCUGUGAAGAACAGCUCACUGCUCAGAGGUGCCACCAACUUCACCUACGAGGGCCUCCGCCCUGGGACCCUCUACACCUUUGAGGUCAGCACCAUGGCUGGCCCCUACACAUCCACACCCCAGCACAUCACCAACUGGACAUAUCCGUUGCCCCUGGAGCAGCUGACCCUCAGCAAUCAGGGCCACAGCACCUCUCUGCAAGCCUCCUGGAGAGCAGCUCCCGCUGGCAGCACCGGCUACACAGGCACCCUCUGGGAAACCAAGUCCCAGGAGUGGGUCAGGAACAUGACUGUGGGGAACAACUGGACAAAUGUCACCUUUGAGGACCUGGUCCCUGGGCGACAGUAUACACUGGAAAUGGCUGCUAUGGCUGGACCUUACAGAUCCCCUGUGCAAUCAGCCACAGACUGGACAUACCCCCUGCCUCCGGCUGGCGUGACCCUGACCAACACCCGACGCCCACUGGGACUCUCUGCCUUCUGGGACAAGGCUGCUGGUGAUGUGGACCAGUUCCACCUUCAGCUCUACAGCAAGAGCCAUGCAGCACAGAGGAACAUCUCAGUGGGGCCAAACACCCACAACUUCACGUUCCUGGGGCUGUCCCCUGGCAUUCAGUACUUCCUGAAGGUGACUGUCCUCGCUGGCCCAUACAGAUCCUCGUCACACUUUGCCACCGAGUGGACAUAUCCACUGUCUCUGGCUAAUGUGAGUGUACAGCCUGGCCAGAGACCCCAGGAGCUACGUGUGAGCUGGGUGGAGUCAGGUGGUGGCAGAGACCACUUGGUACAGCUCUCAGUGGCUGAGUCCCUGUCCAUCAUCAGGAAUGUGUCCGUGCCCCGUGGAGUCACACAGCUUGACCUGGAGGGGCUGGUGCCAGGGUCCCGAUACCGUGUGGAGAUCAUUUCUCAGGCUGGGCCACAUCGCACCUCCUCUCAGACUGCUGUCGGCUACACUGCAAGGAACCUGGAAGCAGGGAAGGACAGCACCAAUGUCACCCUGGCACAGCUGGCACCAGGAACUUGCUACCUUGUUGGGAUUUGGGCCGUAGCUGGACCCUACCACUCCCUCCCCAAGAAUGUCACUGGCUGUACAGUUCCUGCUGCACCAACAAACCUGAGUCUUACCAACCCAGGCAGCUCCUCAGAGCUUUACACACGCUGGGACAAGCCCCCCGGCAGGAGGGACCACUAUCGCAUUAUUCUGUAUAGCCUCAGCACUCAGAGCAGGGAUCGGGUCCAGACCUUGGGUCCGGAUGCCCAGAACAUCACCUGGACUCACUUGGAGGCAGGCAGCAGGUUUGCCGUGCAGGUCACUGCUGUGAAAGGCUUCUUUGAAGCCUCUUCCACCAACGUCACCCAAUGGACACAUCCCUUGGCCCCUGCCAACCUCACCCUGGGCAGCCCCUCUGCCUCCGUACUGCAGGUCUCCUGGGCAGCAACAGGGCGAGGAGCAGAAGGCUACGUGGUGGCUGUCUAUGACACAGACUCCAGCAGUCAUGUUGGGCACAUGGUGCUGGGUGGGGAUGCCAGGAGUCACACCUUCAGGAACCUGAGCCCCGGCACCCACUACAGCGUGGCGGUGAGGGCCACAGCUGGGCCCUUCCACACCAGCACCUCCAACCUCACCCACUGCACACGCCCGCUGCCCCCAGCCAACGUGCACUGGCUGAGCACGGGGCACCCCGACAGGCUGAGCAUGUCCUGGGAAGCCGCAGCUGGGAAGCGAGACAGCUACACACUGACCCUGUACCAAGCGCAGCUGGGCACUGUGGCAGCUACGGUCUCACUCAGGAGAGACACCCACAACUUCACCUUUGUGGGCCUGGCCCCAGGAUACGAGUACUCCCUGGAGGCCACUGCCACAGCUGGACCGUACCAAGCAGUGGCACCCAACAUCAGUGGCUGGACACGCCCACUGCCCCCGGCCACUGUGCACUUGCUGAGCACGGGGCACCCUGACAGGCUAAGCGCGUCCUGGGAAGCCGCAGCUGGGGGACGAGACGGCUACACACUGACCCUGUACCACACACGGCUGGGCACUGUGGCAGCUACAACUUUGCUUGGGAAAGACACCCACAACUUCACCUUCACGGGACUGGCCCCAGGAAGCAAGUAUGUGUUGGAGGUGGUGUCUGUGGCAGGUUCCUACCGGACACCUGCAGGGAACAUCAGCAACUGGACAUACCCUGUGGCACCCCGUAACGUGUACAUGACGAACCAGGGGUAUCCCAACAGGCUGAGUGCAUCCUGGAGAGCUGAUCCCCAAGGACAAGACAGUUACAGGCUCCUCCUGUAUCACUCGGGAUCAGGUAUUGUGGCAGCCAAUGUAUCUGUCGGGAAAGGCGUCAGCAAAUUCACCUUUUCUGGCCUGGCUCCAGGACACAAAUACCUGCUGGAAGUGGUGUCCAUGGCAGGGCCCUACGCAGCCUCUGCAGGGAACAUCAGCGACUGGACAACCCCCUCAGUUCCCAAAAAUCUCUCUGCGGUGGCUGAAGGGAACAACACAAUGCUCAUCUCCUGGGGCAGUGUCUCUGGACAGCAGGAUGACUGCCAGCUGUGGCUGCGGGAAACCAGGAACAGCACGCUGCCCUGGCGGCACACCCUCGGCAGAGGGCAAGUCCAGCACCUCCUCCAGGGGCUGAUCCCAGGGAGGAACUACUCUGUCUCCUUGAGCUGCGUGGCUGGGCCCUACUGGAGCAGCACCAAACCCUUGGCAGUGCCGAUGGAGCCAAACCCAGUGGAGGAUGUACAAUGCCUGCCAGAGUCAAGGAGCCUUUACUUGAACUGGACCAGCUCUCCUGGAGAUGUGGAGGCUUAUGAGGUGGUGGCAGAGAGACUCUCUGAUGGACCUCCCACCUCCAAGUAUGUCAUGAGCAUCCCUACUAGUGAGGCCAGUCUGGAGGGGCUGGGGCCAAACUCAUCGUACCGAAUUGUUGUGAGCACAGUGGGCAUGAACACAAUGAGGAGCCAGGCUGUGACUCUGCUCUGCAACACAACAGUGGAGGCCCUGCCUCCACCCCUGCGAGCAGACAUCUUCCAGGUGGAAGCCAGCUCCACAGUUAUCAUUUCAUCCAACCUAUUCAGUGAGGAGAAUGGCCAGAUCGAGUAUUAUGGUGUCAUUGCUACCACUAAUGAUUCACUGCUGAGGCCCACCCAGGAAAUCAUGUCCAGCACAUGGUAUGACCACUAUUAUGGGACAGAGGACUCCUACCUGGCUGUGCUAAUCCCCAAUCCCUUCCAUCUGAGCCCCGGGACCUCCCCUGAAACCUGGCGAGUGCCAGUGGGAACAGAGGAGUGUGGCCAGUCCAGGGAAACGUGCAAUGGGAAGCUGAAAGCCAACGAACAGUACAGGUUCAGCAUCGCUGCCUUCACCAAAUAUGACCCAGUAGCCCCUGCAGUAACAUUCACCAUGUUCUCAGCUGCUGGAUCCGGUGCAGAAACAACCCCACUCUCAAUGCCAAUAAUUGCUGGAAUCAUCGUGGGAUUUCUCUUGACACUUGCGGCUAUUUUUGUUUUGGUCUACUGGAAACAGCUCAGAGCAAAGAGAACUAAGAAGAGCAGCUUGCCCCAGGAAAUGGUGACCUACACCUUGAGAAAUGUCCAUCGGCCAAUUCCCAUACAGAACUUCAAGCAGUACUAUGAGAUGAAGACAGCAAGUGCUAACCACGCUUUUUUCCAGGAGUUUGAGGAGCUGAAGGAAGUUGGGAAGGAGCAGCCAAAGGUGGAGGCCGAACUACCAGCCAAUGUCUCCAAGAACAGAUAUCCCCACGUGCUGCCCUACGAUCACUCUCGGGUCAAGCUGAGCCAACUGGGGGACGAUCCGCACUCAGACUACAUCAAUGCCAACUUCAUGCCUGGCUAUACAUCCCAGCAGGAGUUCAUUGCCACCCAGGGGCCCUUGAAGAAAACAAUAGAGGACUUCUGGAGGCUGGUGUGGGAGCAGAACGUCUGCAACAUCAUCAUGCUGACAGUGUGCAUGGAGAAUGGGCGGGUCCUCUGUGAUCAUUACUGGCCAUCCGAAUCUGCCCCGGUGUCCUACGGGCAGGUCCAGGUCCACCUGCUGACACAGAGCAGCUCUGAGGAGUGGACCAUGCGCAAGUUCAAACUGUGGCACGAGGGUCUCCGGGCAGAACGGCACGUGUCCCACCUGCACUACACUGCGUGGCCUGACCACGGGAUCCCGGAGUCCACAACUUCCAUUAUGACCUUCAGAGAGCUGGUCCGGGAGCACAUCCAGAGCACCAAGAAUGCGGGGCCGACCCUCGUGCAUUGCAGUGCCGGGGUGGGCCGCACUGGCACCUUCAUUGCCCUGGACCGGCUGCUGCAGCAGAUGAAGCAGGAGAAGGUGGUGGACACAUUUGGUGUUGUUUAUGCCUUGAGGAUGAACCGUUACCUGAUGAUUCAGACACUGUCCCAGUAUAUUUUCUUGCACAGCUGUAUCCUCGAAAAGAUCUUGGAGGAACCACUCCUGGGUUUAUCAGGGUCAGAGAGGUCCUGCCCCAUCCCACUGAAAAGCUUUGCUCAGCACUACGCCCAGAAGGCGGCCAAGUCCCAUGUGGGUUUCCUGAGGGAGUACGAGACCCUUCUGGAGGUUGUCAAGGAAGAAGCCAGCUCUGCAACACCAUCUUCAGGCAACCAGCAGACACGGCCCUCUUCCAGCAUCCUUCCAUAUGAUCGCUCCAGAGUGAAGUUUUCCCUGCUGGAACAAGGCCCUUUCUCAGGUCUCCUGCAGGUGUGGCAUGUCCCGGGCUGCAGCUCCAGCAGGGAGUAUCUGGCUGUCCAGGGGCCUGACAAGUUGACCAUAGAGGACUUCUGGACCCUGGUGUGGGAAAAGGACAUUCACACCAUCCUAACACUUCUCCCAUGGCAGGAGAAGGGGGAGGUCCCAAGUGAGGUGUGCUGGCCCCUGGAAGGAGACUCUCUCUGCACAAAGAUGCUGACCAUCCAGUGUGGCACAGAGAAGCUUGUCUACGGUUGGAGGUGUACCCAGCUCAAAAUGAAACACGAGAAGAAAGAAAAGGAGAGACAGGUACAACGGUUCCUGUACACGCUCUGGAGCAGCAAGAAACAGCCAGAUGUCCAGAGCCUGGUGGAGCUCCUCACUGCUGUCAGACGUGGUGGUGUGAGCCAAAUGGGGACACUGAUCUCCCUGGAUUGCCUGUUGCACCAGAUGAAAGCUGAGAGAAUUGUGGAUGUCUAUGGGGUGACCCUCCAGCUGACGAAAAGCUGCUGUCUUAUGACCCCGACACUGGACCAGUACAUGUUCCUGUACACCUGCAUCCGGGACAUCAUUGCUCAGAAACAGCCCUAA